AGGUUCUUGAACUGGGAUUUGAUUCCUCAUCCUAUGGAUCACUGAAUGAGUAACAGAUGGCCUUGCCUCGUCUUACAGGUGCUUUGCGCUCCUUUUCAAAUGUCACUAAACAUGAGGAUUACAGUGAAGAAUUAGCUGACUUAAUGACUAAAAGAUCAAAACUACAUGAACAGUUGCUGAAGUCUGAUCUUACUUGGAAGAAGAUAAUAAAGUUUGUUGAUGACAAUUUGGACAAAAAAGAACACCAAACUGUAAAUGGUGAUUUAAAAACCAUAUUACAAGCUGCAAAACAAAUAGUUGGAGCUGAAAAUGGACAGGAAGCAAUUGAAAGUGGAGCUGCUUUUCUCUUUAAGACAUUUCACAGAAAAGAAUGUGUUGGCCAUGAUGAGACAAAGGCGAUCAAGCAGAUGUUUGGGCCAUUUCCAUCAUCAUCUGCUACUGCAGCUUGUAAUGCCACAUGUCGAAUCGCUUCUCACUUCACUGAAGAACAGCUCACAGCUCUUGUACAGAUGGCUGAAGAGCAGAAUGGUGAUAACACAGUCUUCUUUGGUAAAAAUAUAGUGUUUUCAUUUGACAUGCAUGAUUUGGAUCACUCUGAGGAGCUGCCUGUGAAUGGUGAGGCCGAUGCACAGAAAAUUAUAAGCUUAGAUUACAACAAAUUUCUGAAUAACCAGCUGAAUCACUUACAGAAUUACUGUGAUGAGAAAUCUGAUCUCAAGUCUCUGGGAAAAGUAGAUGAUUCUUUUUUGUGGUACGAAGUUGGAAAGUAUCUGAAUGAAUCUCAAGGGGGCACGCCUGGAGGGCCGACAACAGAAGACCUCUGCUGUACUCUGUAUGAGAUGCUUGCUUCUACCAAAAGUGAUGAUGAGCUUCAAAAUGAGUUAUUUGAACUGCUAGGCCCUGAAGGUUUUGAACUCAUAGAGAAACUCCUACAGAACAGGUCUAUGAUUCUGGAAAGAUCUUUGACUUGUCCAAAUGAUACCAGGUUCCAGAUUCUGCAAG